AUGUCCGACUACUACCCCAACGUGCUCUUUCAUAAACUUAUUCUGGCCAAUGCCACCACUUUUGGUGAACGUGAAGCUCUCGUGAGUUAAAAACAAUGAUGGGUCACAUUGAAACAAAAAUUUAGGUGCAUGAUGAGCAAAUUGUGACUUUCAAGCAAAUUCCUGAGCUUGUGACCAAAAUUGUGGGAAAACUGUUGGAACUUGGCGUUUCUCCAGGUAGUCUUGAAACUUUUCAACCCUGAAAAUGGUAGAAAACGUUACAGGAGAUGUGGUAUUGGUGUGCCUGCCAAAUUCCAUCUAUUAUCCACUUCUCUUCUUGGCAAGUGCAACGAUCGGAGCAGUUUUGACUGGUAUCAGCAGCGAAUCAACUGCAAACGAAGUGAAAUACGCCCUGGAGCAGAGCGAUGCAAAAAUCGUGUUUGCAUUUGAGAAUUUUCUGAAUCAGAAUGAUUUUGUUCUGUCUGGAGUAAGAUCCUUUAGUUUAUUGACUCGUUUUCAUCUAUUUUCCACAGGUUAUCGUAGAAAAACUCCCGGAAAAAUUUCAAAUAUACGUGGACUCAAUCUCGGAACCAUUUGUUGAUCUAUCCAUCUCUCAACAAGACAUUGACUCCAUUCUUCUCGCGCCAUUCUCGAGCGGAACAACUGGAGCGCCGAAGUGUUGCCAGUUGACUCAUCGCAACUUUCUGGCUUCUACCUUCUCUUUGAAAAGGUUUCAAGCUUCCCCAUUUCUAAUUUUUAAGUGAUGACCUCGUUUCAGAUUUCUUUUCGACAAACUUCUUGCUCAAAGUUCCAUGAAAACCUUGGCUUUUUUGCCAUUCCACCACGCUUCUGGAUUCUGGGCGUUACUUUUGUGUCUUCUGGAAGGGUGCACAACGUACAUAAUGUCUGAAUUUCACCCAAUUACUAUGAUGGAGAUGGUCGAGAAAUAUCAGGCAAUUACAGAAACGAUACUUAUUUGGUUGGGCUGACACGCACAUUUUCAGAUUGAUACUAUCAAUAUUGUUCCUCCGAUCGCAAAUCUUUGUUUGAAAAUGAUACAUUUGCAAGGAAGAUGUCCCAGUUUGAGGUGUUAACCGAAGACAGAACUCACUAAAACUGAUUUUUUUUCAGAACUAUCCUUUGUGGUUCUUCUGGUCUUACCAAAGAUCGAUGCAAACGGUUGUUAGCCAUAUUUCCUCAAGUCAAACAUCUCAUUCAAGGUUUGGAAAUGAAACAUUGAACUUUUCGAGCAAUUCAAAUGCUUCAAACAGGCUACGGAAUGACUGAAUUAGUCGUUUUGAGCUGCGUGACUCCAUUCGACGACAACUUUAAACAUUUGGGAUCUUGCGGGCAAAUUCUACCGGAAUUCGAGGCAAAGGCAAGCAUGAUGACAUGUAUUUUUAAUUUAUAGCUGAAAUUUUUUAGUUGCUGGAGCAUGAAGGUGGAGAGACUGAGCUUUUGCUCCGUUCCGAUGCGAUCAUGAAGUUCUACAAGAACGGGGCUCCGAAUUUAGACGAGGAUGGCUGGUUGCACACUGGUAUUCUUUUUUUUGAAACUUCUUUUGAACAAUUUGAACUCUUACAUUUAUCAGGUGAUAUUGUGAAAGAAGUGGAUGGGUUCUGCUACGUUGUGGACAGAAUGAAGGAUUUGAUUAAAGUCAAUGGCUUCCAAGUUUCGCCGACAGAAAUCGUAUAGCCUACUCUUUCAGAAUUUUCAGACAGGAAAAGCAUACAUUUUCUAGGAGAACCUGAUUCUGGCGUCCCCGAAAGUCGCAGAAGUCGCAGUUGUCGGCAUCGAAGACGAGUUGUGCGGACAACUACCAAAAGCGUACAUUGUUCUUGAAAAAGACGCAGACGAGCUGCUGUUUCUGAAACAUUUGGAGCACACAAUGAAAGGUUUUCACUUACAAAACACAAAAUAAUCAGAGAAUAAUAUGUUAAAGCGAAAUUGUCAGCCGUCAAACAGUUAAGAGGCGGAGUAUCGAUUGUCAAGGAACUUCCGAAAUCAUCGAGUGGAAAGGUUCAAAAGAACAAGUUAUGCUACUAUUGA